CUAAACGGAAGUAGGUACGUGGCUGCUUCAGCUGACAGUCUACAAUGAUGGCGACAGAGGUUCAGAGCGGCGACCUCGACAGCGCCACGACCAGCCGCCUCGAAGUGUCCAUCGACGGCCUCACCCUCAGCCCCGACCCGGAGGGCGAGCAGAACCAGGUCGAAGAACCGAAUCCCGCAGCCACGCAGCCUGAGACCGAUAAGCCGGCGGACGAAGAGGGCGACGAUGGAGAGGCAGGCAAAGCUGCGCUAGAGAGGAAAUGGGGCUUCCCUCUGCAGGAGCUGUACGGACUGGCCCUUAAAUUUUUUAAAGAUAAAGAUGGCAAGGCCUUCCACCCUACAUAUGAGGAGAAGCUUCGGCUGGUGGCCCUUCACAAGCAGGUGUUGCUGGGCCCUUACAAUCCCGAUGCCUCCCCAGAAGUCGGCUUCUUCGAUGUCCUGGGAAAUGACCGCAGGAAGGAGUGGGCCUCCCUUGGUAACAUGGAAAAAGAGGAGGCGAUGGUGGAGUUUGUCAAGCUCCUGAACAAGUGCUGUAACCUCUUCGCUCCUUACGUCAUAUCGCACAGGAUUGAAAGGGAGGAGCAGGAGCGGAAAAGGAAAGAAGAGGAGGAGCGACUGAGACAAGAGGAGGAAGAGAGGGAGCGACAAAGGCAGGAGGAGGAGAGACAGAGGCUCGAGGAGGAGGAAAGGUUGAGAAGAGAGGACGAGGAAAGGAGACAAGCGGAGAUGGAGAGGCUACGCAUCGAGCAGCAGAAACAGCAGAUCAUGGCGGCGUUAAACGCCCAGACGGCAGUGCAGUUCCAACAGUACGCAGCGCAGCAGUACCCCAAUAACCCAGAACAACAGAUGAGCCUUAUCCGCCAGCUUCAGGAGCAGCACUAUCAGCAGUACAUGCAACAGCUCUACCAGGUCCAGCUGGCCCAGCAGCAGGCGGCCUUACAGAAGCAGCAGCAGAACGACUCGGCGCUGCAGGGUACCCUGGAUUCCAACAGCUUCAACGGCGGCGAAAUCACCUCCGCCUCGGCCGCUGGGACAUUAUGUGCCGCUUCACCACUUUCCAGCGAGGAAGCUCCUACGCUCAACGGCGGCCACUCAGACUCGUACUCGGAGAGCAUGGACAGGGAGCCUGAGCCAGAGCCGGCGGUGGAGGUCUCUGAGAACGGCCCUUUAUUAGCAGACUCGCCCCCGGUCAUAGCCGCGCCGUCCAUGUGGACGCGGCCGCAGAUCAAGGACUUCAAGGAGAAGAUCCGGCAGGAUCCCGACAGCGUGAUCACGGUGGGGCGCGGCGAGGUGGUGACGGUGCGCGUCCCCACCCACGAGGAGGGAUCGUACCUGUUCUGGGAGUUUGCCACAGACUAUUAUGACAUUGGCUUUGGCGUGUUCUUUGAGUGGACAGACGCCGCCACGGCUUCAGUCAGCGUGCACGUGUCGGAGUCCAGCGACGAAGACGAGGAUGAUGAAGGUGACCCGCCCAACGAGGAGGAGAAGGCCAAGAAGGAGGCGGGGAAGCCUCACGUGGACGAGAUUGUACCGGUUUACCGGCGGGACUGUCACGAGGAGGUGUACGCCGGCAGCCACCAGUACCCCGGCCGCGGCGUCUAUCUGCUCAAGUUUGACAAUUCCUAUUCGCUGUGGCGCUCAAAGAGCGUCUACUACAGAGUAUACUAUACCAGAUAAGCCUGACUAAAGACCAGGAAGACCCAAGAGGAGCGUUUGUUCAUAUUAAGUGUGUGUAGGUGGAGAUGUAUGUAAAGGCAGCCUGUACCUGUGUGUGUGUGAAGGACUAAUGGAUCCGUUACGGUGGGGGGUAAAACCACCAGAGGGAGCCAGAGAGACACGUGGAGCCCCUCCACGGAGAUUUCACUGACUUAUUCUGUAUGUGCUGCCGUGAACCAAGUUCCAACCAUGCUCCACAUCUUCUUUGAGCCUUUUUUGGGGGAAAGGAUGUGCAUUCCUUGUAAAUUCACCAACCGUCGUUGCUGCACUGGCGUCCACAAAGCUGUAGGAGUCUCCCCCCAAAACUUGUUCUACCACUUUUCCUCCUCCCCACCCCUCUGAGCUCCUCCUCCUCCUCCUCCUCCUGCUGCUGCUGCUGACCACGCCGGCCCAGAACAUCCCAGCGUGGCCUUGCGCGACUGACGGAAACGCGCCGCGUCCAACACUGUGAGCCGACUUUUCCUGUUUUGUCGGAACCAGUGGUCGUUUAUCCCCCCCACCCCCCUGAGGUUUUUGGAAAUGUGCUUCAUAACACUAUGCCUUUGCCAGAGCUCCUCUGGUUCGCGUAAACACACAUUAAAAAGCGUCAGCGUGCACGGACAUAAUCACUGUUUUUGUUUUGUGUCAAUGGGCCGAAGUCAGGAGAGGGUCAUCCAGGCAGAGCAGGGGCGUUUUCACAUUAUUAAUUAAAAUAAUUUAUGAAGGAUGGGUAAUAAAAACAGAAGAAAAUGAUGGGAUUCAUCUUGACACACGAUGCAGGAAAAUCUCUAAAAUCAACUUUUAAAUGCAGUUUUAUGUUUGUUUUUUUCUUUUUUUAGGCAGCUGUUUCCUCUCUCUGUGGUUCACCACAUGUAGUCGGAGGUUUAAAACACAAAUUCCUUCGAAAUCACAUUAAAUGGGAUGGUGGUGAUGUUACCUGGGGAAAGUUGCUGGACGUUACAUCCGCGCACAAUCGCUGUUUUGUUUUCACCCUCUCUGGCGCCGAUUGCCUCGCAUCGCCUAAACGAUGAUCGUCUCCGCCGUUGGGAACAGAGUCGGAUGGCCGGCUUGUGGUCUGCA